AUGCGUGAAACACGUGCAGAUGGCACCGGACUGGUGUCACGCUCUUCAGCACGCCUGUAUGGCAGCAUUCUCAUCGCUACCACCUCUCUCCGGAAUCUUUCAUCAAAUUCCUCCUCCGACUCCCAAACAGGCUUUGGCACUCCCCGCUGCUCGACCGCCAGCUCCAUGUGCACCCCACCUUGGGGUUUCUGUGGCCGUGGUCCCCGGUGUCAUCGAUGUACUUCCAUGCUCCUUAAGGAAGGGUCUCGUGUUCUUCAUGUCCUCCCAAGUCCAAAACUUCCUUACCUCAUUUUCACAAUGCUUGGUCCUUUGUUGGUGGGAUAUUCUGUCACGAUCUUGGAAAUGAGCGGACCAAAGCGCAGAGUGCGAGGGCCAUCCUGUGCCACCAGUCAAUUGAUGGUGAAUCACCUUCUGACCCCGUGCUCGCCAGGUGACCUGGCUGCCAUAGAAUUGACCUGGAUGGAUGUGCCUAGCGACAAGCUGCUGGAGCCCAUCAUCUGCAUGUCUGACAUGCUGUGCUCACUAUCCACCACGCAACCCACAGUCAACAUGGAGGUCUUGUUCAAGGUCAGGAAGUUCAAAGAGGACUUAGAGCAGGAGGGUUGAUAGGCACUGGUUGGCAGGGGCUUUACUACUCCUUACUCAGUCUCUCCUAUCAAGACCCAACUCCAGUCAAAUAGUAGCUACAGUAUUACAACAGUAUUACAACACUAUGAACCUGCAUUAGCAAAUAAUGAUGGAGCAUUUUAAUUUACACACAAUUGUGCAAUGGAAAUGUUUGUUUUUUUCAUAUCCCAACUCCCUCUGAGACACCCACAAGUGCCUUGCUCAAGGGCACAGCGACAUCAUUAUUUAUUUCCCCACGUUGUCGGCUCUGGUAUUUGAGCCAGCAACCUUUCGGUAACUGGCCCAAUGAUCUAACCUUGAGGCUACGUGCCACCCCUUAGAAUGUAGAGUGACUCCCCUAGUGGGUCCUGAACCCAGGUCAGCAGCACUACAUUGCUGUGUGUCUGUAUAGUUGAGGGUAUAUUUGUUUAGUAAUACUCAAUUCAGUUCUGGUACCAGAGGGGACCUCAAUGCUGUUACACGGAGCCAUGAU